CAGUGAUUCCAACAAGAUGGACGCCCAUAAUCUUGCAGUAGUGUUCGGUCCAACGCUGUUACGAAUUCCGUCUGAACAGGAUAUGAUAGCAUAUCAGAGUCAAGUGAAUGGUAUGAUCGAGCUACUCAUUAAACAUUGCGAUGAGAUUUUCCCUGGCUCUGGAGAAACACUACCAGCGCCUUUAUCUGAGAUAGAAGAGAGCGAGAGCGAGGAAGAUCCGGAACCAAGGGAAGCCGAGGCGCUAUAUGACUACUCAGCUCGGUCCUCCAAGGAACUGUCCUUUAAAAAAGGCGACAUUAUUCAGGUGUUCAAAAGAUUUACCCCGGAAUGGUGGGACGGGACAAUUAAUGGAACCGAAGGCUUUGUGCCAGACAGGUACAUACGUAUGUUGACAGACGACGAGGUCGAUAAUACAAAGGAUGGCGAAGGGAGUGUCUCGAUCUCCGGUGAGUUGUCACCUUCUCCCAAGAUUUCAUCCAGUGGAAUAGACAGGCCUAAGGACUUCAAACUGCCUCCUAGGAUCCCCAAGAGACAGGGCUCGCUGCGAGGAAGAGAAAGUUUACCCUCUCCCACAUCGGAUCAUGUGAGCCCCGCAGCAGCAAGUCCUAUCACAGUAAGUCCUAUAGGGGUGAGUUCUCAGGGGCCAUCUCCAGGAUCAUCUUCGUUUAAGAAGACUUCUGCGCCAGCAAUCUCAUCGGAAGAUAUCGUGAAACGGCAGCUUACGCUGCUUCGCAAGGCACCCAGAGAAGAGGGCGACACCUCUGUGGAUAAGACAUCUGAUAAAGAACAGGGAUUCGUGAUACCAAGGCUUCGGAGCAUCUCGCCUACCAGAAAAUCCCAGUCGCCUGGCCAGGAGAAGGCCGAAGACGUCGAUGAGAAGGAAGAGCCCAAGGAGAAAGACGGGAAAGGGGGUGGGGGAGGAGAAGCUUCCAAGGAAGAACACCGGAAGUCCGUAGAAGGCGUUGGGCAGCCGCGAGAGGAAGCUAGCAUCCCCGCGAAUCACACUCCCCCGGCAAGUCCUCAGACAACGCCAGCACGGAAAAUUCCCCCAGCGGUACGUCCUAAACCCAAAGGAAAUCGCAACCCACAGCCCCCCUUCCGUAAAAAUUCUGAUGACCUGUUAGCGUCACUGCAGGCAGCUCAAGUCGUACGGAGUGAUCGAGCUAGUGGAGGUCCUGAUGACACCAGGAAGAACAGAGGGUCCAUAGGGGACGACACUGCUUUUUGAUGGUGUUUUGAGGGGGUAGGGGAAAGGGAGAGCUUGAGGGUGUUUUGAGGGGGGUAGGGGAAAGGGAGAGCUA